AUGCACCCGAAUAUCCCCAUAUCAUUGGCAAUGGCCAGGGAACUACUGGAGAGACUUGGCCUGAUGGUGGUGGCCGUCAUCUGCCCAGAGAUGAUCAUCACCGCUGCGUGGAGCCAGAGGAGACAAGCUCUGCAGCUCCUCAAGGAUAUCGAUCUAACGGGAGAAGCAUAUCCCCUCUCCCAAACACAAACACCCAGCCCUUGGGCCUUGGAGCAGGCAAUGUUUGCCGUCAUGGGCGGGUUUGUCGUUGACCGACGUUUCCAGCCGACUCUCACCGGGAAGGAAGUGGUUCUCCGCCGUCAGGUGACCGCCGAGGAUGUCUCCUUCCUCGCCAGAACAGGACUGCUUCCGAACCUCAGUGUGCAAGACGUCCAGGAGCGCAGCAACGCGGACUUUUUUGCCAAAGAAAUCGUCCUGAUACAGAUCCUGUGGUUUGCCAUCCAGGUUUUCGGUCGUCUAGACGAGCACCUGCCCGUCACGCUGCUGGAGACGCAUACCAUCAUCCACGUCGGCUGCGCCUUUGUCAUGUACGCCAUCUGGCUCCGCAAGGCGUACGAUUUGAAACUCUCCAUCGUCCUCACCGGGGAGCACACAGACUGCGUUCUGGCGUUGCUCCCCUUCUAUGAAGUCUGCUCUACCAUCCAGAAGGCGGAUUGGCAGCGUUAUCAGACGAGUCGGAUGGAGUACUGGCAGGGACGCGCCAUUCAGGCUGCACGCGGCUUUACUGGACACAGCGCUCCGCCCCGUCCUCCCGCCAGUAGGGCAUUGGCGGUUUUGAUCGAAGAUUUCAGCAAGGGACAUGAGGAUAAUGUGGAUCAGGACUACAACCGGAAAAUUCUCUACCAGCUCGCAUCGGAGGCCCGUCGCGGUGUCUUGAAGCCGCUACGACACAGUGCAGAGAACUUUGCCAUCCGCAACGUCUGGGGCGGUUGGAGCGCAGAUGUCGGACACGAUUUCUCACUCGACAAGGGGCUCCACGUUGCGUUCAGUGUGCUGUAUAGAGGCGCUCAUCUGGCGGCCUGGUCAUCGCCCUUCCCUACCACCAUGGAGCGUGUUCUGUGGCGUAUCUCGGCACUCGCUCUCACGACGGCACCGGUCUGGGGCCUGCUGUGGGUUGGCUGGUGGCAGCUUGCCCGCUGA